CAGAGACAGACCGACCCGCAGCCAGUCCACUCACUGAUAUCUCGAUCCUGCCCAGGAACGCAGCAACUCCUCGCCACAUCUCAAAACUACACACAUCUCGGCUUUAACUCAACUCGUAAACACUCACAACAUCUGGAGGAGGACUGAAAAAGCCGACGCUGCCCGCAGCUGCACGUUUUCUCUCUCUCUCUCUCUCUUUCCUGCGUAACCAGGAGAAAGUGCCGCGUCCUUGAAAUUAACUGUAACUUGGAAGAAAGGCAAAGUGAGAGAGAGUUGGCGGCGAAAUAAAUCUCGCUUUGAGUACUUCAUCACGAACCAGUAUCAAGGAGGUGAAUGGACCUCCACCGCCCCUUCAAGAUGGACAGCCCCUCCUACCUACCAGCUCCACUGGCCUCCCCUGCCCUGAUGGUCCUGGCUUCCACUGCAGAGUCUGGCCGUGAUGCCUCUGUCCCCUGCCAAGCACCCAGGCCCUUUGGUGUCCCUGUCUCUGUGGAGAAGGACCUCCAUCUCCCCUUCCCUUCAGCCUCCUACACAUUUACCUCCAUGUAUCAGCGCCAGGGCCCCAUGUCAGGCACCUUUUCAUCCCGAGACUUCCCAGCUUCCCUGCUCCACCUGCACCCACAGUUCACCCCACCAAACCUGGACUGCUCCACCCUGGGCAUGCUCAACCACAGUGGUGUGGGCGCCUUCCGACCUUUCUCCUCACCGCAAGAGGAGAGGGAGUCCGGGGGUUACCAGUCUGCUUUCACCCCCGCCAAGAGGCUGAAAAGCUGCUUUCCUGAGGUGGAGGGAAAGGAGUUUGACUUUGGCUCCCUCAAAGCUGGGGAGGAGUCAGGGAGGAAGCUGUUCUCCAUGUCCGGCCUGUUGUCUGAUGGAGAGGCUUCAUCAAGCCCGGAGGAGCGCAAAGAGCACAGCAAAGUGAAGGGUCUGUAUGACGCUCAAGCCCCAGUGUGUCCAGUCUGCAAGGCCAUUCUGCGACCUGGAGAGCUGCAGGAACACAUGGAGCAGGAGUUAUCCAAACUAGCCCAGCUGCAGAUCAGUGCAACUCCAGUGCAGCACGACCACCUCAUAAGGACGCCAAAGUCUCUUUCACUCUCCCUUCAUAUUAAGCGUGAAGGAAGUUCUCCCACCUCGCCCCCUCGACCGGCUGAGGAAGCCCACUCUGACAGAUACCAGACGUUUCUCCGCGUUCGGGCCAACAGACACACAAGACUAAAUGUCGAUGACCUCUGCUGGUGCAGGUGCUACGUCAAAUCUGCCCCAUUACGCCCCCACAGCGCAGGAGCCCACCUAGACUGCGCGCAAGCUGUCAGGAUUGGAAAGCUGAAGAGGAGAAAACCAGAGGAAGGACAGGAGGGUUCAGCAGACUUGGUGCCAUUAGAGGACGACUGGAAUGAGAGGAGAAGGAUACAAAUGGCGUCCAUAGGCUUUAAAGGCGCAAUGUUGGUGAGCACAACCUCUAAGGAGUGUCGAGACAGCGAUGCGGAUCUGGACGUGGAUGGAGAUGACACUCUGGAGUACGGCAGGGCGCAAUAUUCAGAGACUGAUGUAAUUCCCUGUUCAGGAGAAAGCUCUAAAGAAUUGACAGUGAGCAGCAACAGCAGCAUGUUGCCUGAAUCCAGAGUAAACCUGGACUUUAACAAAUGGUCAAAUGAUGGGAGCCCGUCUACAAGCAGCGGGGAGAAACAGGAUGGCCGUACAGCCGGUCUCCCUCAAACCUGCAAAAACACUGAGAUAGAGAUGCUCUCAGAGGACUCCACGCUGACAACAUUAGAUGCACUUAAAGCGCGGAUACGAGACUUGGAGAAACAGCUGUCUAAAGGAGACAGAUUUAAAUGCCUCAUCUGCAUGGACACCUACAUGACACCGCUCACCUCCAUCCAGUGCUGGCAUGUUCACUGCGAGGAGUGUUGGCUUCGAACGCUGGGAGCAAAGAAGCUGUGUCCUCAGUGCAACACCAUCACCUCACCUGGAGACCUGAGGCGGGUUUUCCUGUGACUCACAUUAAGAGUGGAGGGAAUUCUCCUGUUUUGACCAAUCAGGGUCGGACUUGUCAGACAGCUGGCCUGUCAUGCAAGCCCACCUCUUCCCUCUCCCUCCUCCUUCUCCUCCUUCUCACUCCUUUUUGGUCUUACCAUCUUUGUACUCCUAACAGCUACCAACUAACUGAGUGGGACCUCUGACCUGUACAAUAUCCAUGUUUCUGCUGCAACAUGCACCAGAUCAGAAGAAACAUCUGAAAGCAACUGAGAGCUCAGGCACUGAAAAUCAAGCAGAGAAAAAAAAAUGCUUUGGGACAAUAUUUAUCAAUUUUAAAAAAAAAAUAAAAUAUUUUUUCUGUUUUAUGGAAAAAUAAUUGAAUUGAAUUGCAAAGCACAUGUACAUAAUUCUGUGUAUGUAUGUAUGUUUGGAGUGGUGUGUGUAUAUGAUGUUGACUAGCAGACUGUAUUUACUGUACAGAGUUUGUCUUUGCUUAGAUCACUUAUUUGUUUAGCUCUUGUAGGCUGGAAACAUUUACUGUAAUCAUCACGUUCAGGCUCGUUUUGUCUUUGUUACUGACGUAUUUCUUUGUAUAGGAUCACUCAAAUCUAA